UGUGUGUGUGACACUAGCUCGCGUCAUGCACUCGCCCGAUAAUAGAACUUUCAUAAUAAAUAGAUUCAACAGGAAUUUUUUCGUCGUCUAUUAUGGAUUGAAGGAAACGAAUAUCCAGCAUUAAGAUAACUGUGAAUUAUUUAGACAUUAAAAGCAAGCAGAAUCGAUAUUUGAACAUUUCGGUGCGCUAAAUCGUUGUAUUGUUGUUGAGUCAUUAAGGGCAAAAAAAAUGCUUAAUGCUUGGGUGCCAAGUGGGAACAUAAAUUAUGUCUGCAGUUGUGAAUGGUCUAUCGAACAAUUGUUUGUGAUACAUGAGGCGAUUUAUGUAUUAGCCAUGCUAUCGAGAAAAAGCAAAGACAAAUCGAAAGAAGGAGUUGUUGGUGUCGGGAAAUAUGUCAAAAAAGACACACCGCCAGAGAUACCGUUUGGCAACAAUGUUUGGACCAUUGACAAGAACAAAAGCAAAUCGAAAAGUCGACGAAACAGUCAACAAAUUUACGGAACCAGUAGCGAUACAUCGUCCAACACAAAUGCGAACAUAAUUCAAGCAACAAAUCAAAAAUUCGGCACCAACGGUAAAAUCACCGCCAAGCCAACGGGACUGGGUCAUGAGGGAAAAUACACACCCAAAUUUGUAACGUCGCCUGCAAGUAUUUCCGAUGUGUCGAAGGGCUCCAAUUCGAAUUAUUUGAACGUUACGGAUGAGCUAAAUUUACGCCGACCAUCGUCGCAGACUAGCCAACUGGGAAGUUCAAAUAAUAGUAGCAGCACCACCAUCAACAAUAACAGCCAUGGCAAUUACGUGGACAUCGAUCAAAUCGAUCAGAUGCGACAGCAACCCGACACUUUUCCACACUACAAUACGAAUUUCCAUCGAAACUACUCCAUGAACCACAAUCACCCGCACACAUUCGAGAACCAUUUCUCACUGAUGCAAACGUAUUCCGGUAGCAAUUUAGCGGAUGCAUCGCCGUUCAAACAAUACUCGUACCGUAAUCUUCCCAACAACAUCGCACAUUCGCGUGUCCCGUCGCCACAGCUCACCCAGGACCCAUUAUCGUCUCAAUACAAAUUACCGCAUUUGCCGUUCAAUUUGGACCACUCGCCGAUCUAUGAGAAUCAGUCACAAGUGUCGUCGGCUGUCACCCGAUCCGAAUCGCCGAUUUACAGUAACAGUUUAGUGCACCAGCAAGAUCCACCAUUACGCAAUCAAUCGGUCAAUUCAAUUCAAACCAGUCCGAACGAUGCCCAACAGCCAUCGCAUCAGUCCAUCUAUUCAAAUAUUCCGACCACACCGAACGCUUACUCGAAUGUGGGUCCAAUGCUUCCGCAGGAAAUUCCACUGUAUUCGAACGUACGGACAUUUGACUCAACCAUCGGCAUUGGUAUGUCGUAUGGAGAAAAAAUGAUUCACAAUGCCAGGCAUGGCGGUGUACUGUCAUCGAUGCCAUCGCAGUGUGACGAGGAAUUGGAGCUACCAUUACCGCCGGGUUGGUCAGUCGAUUACACAUUGCGCGGUCGGAAAUACUACAUCGAUCAUUCGUCGAAGACAACGCAUUGGUCACAUCCGUUGGAACGGGAAGGACUGCCGGUUGGUUGGCAAAGAAUCGAGUCACCACAGUACGGCGUCUAUUAUGUUAAUCACAUUACAAGGCAAGCGCAAUACAAUCACCCUUGUCUGACAUCGUGCUACCUAUACACAUCGAACGAAUCGAAAUCGAUUAUACCGGUUCCGACACAUACCCAAUUUAGUCCGCACAGUGCCUUGGUACCAGCCAAUCCGUAUUUACUUGAAGAAAUUCCACGAUGGCUGUUAAUUUACGUAAACGCCGACCCAGCUACGGAUCACAAAUUGAAGUGGGAUAUGUUUAAGUUGUCUGAAUUGGAAUGUUUUGACAGUAUGAUGUUUCGCAUGUUCAAGCAGGAAAUGGAAGCGCUUAUAACACGACACGAAUCCUACAGGCGAGCCUUAAACGCCGAAGUCCACCGUCGUAUCCAAGAGCAACAUCAAUAUAAAAAUAUGAUUGAGCACGGGAAUCACAUUUGAAUCAGCCGUACCGGGUGAGGAUAGGAUGGAUCACUGUUAUAAUUAUGUUUUUAAAAGAGAUUUUUACAUUAAAAUUCGUAAGAAAGCCGGACCUGGCCAGAAUUGACGGUACCAUACGUUAUAAUUUGCUUAAACAAUUUAUUAUAGCACCGAAAACUGUUGAUAUUAAAUCGUAUAAGACACUCGCUCGCGACAAAGUAUGGACAGCAAAAGAAUGGGAAAAUUCAGAGCUUUUGCUUAUUGAUUGUAUCAUUCGUCUAAUGGAAAAAUAUCAAAAAGAAAAAUCAAAA